CCAUCUCUAUCUGUUUUAAGGACUGGCCAAUUAUACUAUCCUUCCUUAACUCGUAAUGUUAAUCUAGUGUCUUAAUUCAUUCAAAGUUUAUGUUCAUAAAUUGCUUACUGGUUCUGUGAAGAUAAGUUUUUAAAAAUUUUGACUGAAAAAUUGUUUUCGGAAAAAUGUCUCGUGAACGGUCAUCCAGUCGAAGAUUUUAUAGAGGAGAGUCAUACUCCAAUCUUGCUGCUUGUUUGGAUCGGGGACUGACAGCAGAGGAGCAGAAUCGAUGGACUUUCGAAGUAGCAUGGGAAGCAGCAAACCAAGUCGGUGGUAUUUAUACUGUAAUAAGAUCCAAGGCCUAUAUUUCAACUGAAGAAAUGGGUGACCAAUACUGUUUAAUCGGUCCAUACAAGGAGCAGUGUGCUAGGACAGAGGUAGAAGAGGGACCCCUUUCAUCGAAUUCAUUAAAUAAAGCCGUGGAAGCGUGUAGAAAUAAAGGAUUUAAGGUCGUAACGGGACGAUGGUUGGUAGAUGGCAAUCCUCAAAUAAUUCUGUUUGAUAUUGGUAGUGCUGCUUGGAAAUUGGAUGAAUUUAAAGAGGAACUUUGGAAUAAGACAAAUAUUGGAGUUCCUCAUCUAGAUAUCGAAGCGAACGAUGCGAUUAUUUUAGGGUACAUGGUAGCUGAAUUUCUUUCACAGUUUCAAAAUACUGCUGAGGAAGAAGGCGAGGGUAAGCCAAAAAUUGUUGUGCACUUUCACGAAUGGCAGGCUGGUGUAGGUCUAAUCGCUGUUCGAACCAAACAUUUAAAUGUCGCCACUGUUUUCACUACACACGCAACUUUAUUAGGCAGAUAUUUAUGUGCAGGAAGUACAGAUUUUUAUAAUAAUUUAGACAAGUUUGCUGUAGACGAAGAGGCUGGGAAAAGGCAAAUCUAUCAUCGAUAUUGUAUGGAAAGAGCUGCUUCACAUUUAGCUCAUGUUUUUACCACUGUGUCGGAUAUAACUGGAUACGAAGCAGAACAUCUGCUUAAAAGAAAGCCAGACAUAAUUACCCCAAAUGGCUUGAACGUUAAGAAAUUCUCAGCUUUACACGAAUUUCAAAAUUUGCAUGCAUUGUCUAAAGAUAAAAUUCACGAGUUUGUUAGAGGACAUUUUUAUGGACAUUAUGAUUUUGACUUGGAUAAAACUUUAUAUUUUUUUAUUGCUGGAAGAUAUGAAUUUGGAAAUAAAGGCGCUGAUAUAUUUAUAGAAGCUCUAGCUAGAUUAAACCAUUAUUUAAAGUCUUCAGGUUCUGAUAUCACUAUAGUAGCCUUUAUGAUUUUUCCAACAAGAACAAAUAAUUUUAAUGUGGAGUCACUAAGAGGUCAUGCUGUAACAAAAAGUUUGAGAGAUUCAAUUGCGGAUAUACAACAUAAAAUUGGAAAAAGGAUGUAUGAGGUCUGUUUGAAUGGUCGUCUUCCUUCAGGUAAUGAUCUUUUAAAUAAAGAGGAUAUGGUACGACUUAAGCGCUGUAUUUUCUCUUUACAAAGAGAUGGAUUGCCACCAGUAACAACUCAUAAUAUCGUAGAUGACUGGAACGAUCCGGUAUUGUGUCAUAUUAGAAGGUGUAAUCUGUUUAACACUACUAACGAUCGUGUUAAAAUAGUAUUUCACCCUGAAUUUUUAAGCUCUACUAAUCCAUUAUUUGGUCUUGACUAUGAAGAAUUCGUCCGUGGUUGCCAUUUAGGUGUAUUUCCUAGUUACUAUGAACCAUGGGGAUAUACUCCAGCGGAAUGUACCGUCAUGGGCAUUCCUAGUAUAACCACGAAUCUGAGUGGUUUUGGUUGUUUCAUGGAAGAGCAUAUAGCUGAUCCCCAAAGCUAUGGUAUUUAUAUUGUUGAUAGAAGAAAUAUCGGUUUAGAAGAUUCUGUAAGACAGUUGGCUCACUUUAUGUAUGAUUUCUCUAGGUUAAGUCGUAGGCAGAGAAUUAUUCAAAGGAAUAGGACGGAAAGACUGAGUGAUAUGCUGGAUUGGAGAAGUCUUGGAGUUUAUUAUCGCCAAGCUCGACUACAAGCCCUUCACAAACUAUUUCCAGAUUACGUAGAAGACAUUGAAAACUCUAUAGGUACUUUAAAAUAUCCUAGACCCAUAUCAGAACCACCUAGCCCUAGCUCCAGUCGUGUAACCACUCCAGCUGCUUCCCUACAUGGAAGUGACGAAGAAGAUGAUUCAGUAGAUGAGGAAGGAGAGCUUGCAGAAUUGAGAAACCGUCAUCACAGAUAAAAAUUAAGGAAGGAAAACAAUUUAAAUUAAUACAUUUCUCACCGUGGAUUAUAUAUUGGUGCUUUCUUUUUUUCUGGGAAAAUUGACUGUUAUUUUUCUUUAAAG